AUAUACAUGAAUUAUUAAAACAAUAUAAUGUACCUAAUAAUAUAUUAAUAUAUAUUUUAUCAUGAUUAUAUACCGUUUAUACCGUUUAAUAUUAAAGUCCGUGACAAAUACAUUAAUACAUUUAUACCUAUAUUAUUAUCUGAAUUCAUGGUACUCCAAUACUCCAUAGUAGUCCAUACAUCAUAAUAUUAUUAUUAGUUUAUUGAACGAUAAUUACAAUAAAUAUUUAAUAUAACAUUAUAUAGGAAUAAAAUUGAUUUUGAUUACAUUUUGGGUCGAGGCUAUUAAUUGUCAUUGUCAUUAUCGUCUUUAUAGUUUAUAUUGAUUAUUAUGUACGUUAUAUUUGGAUUGCAAUGAAAAAAUGAAAUAUUUACACGGGAUAACGACGGGUGCAGCUCAACUUGGCUGGCCGGGCUGAAAUUAUUAUUGUUUACACAGUCACGGUCAUCGAGAAGAGUAUAUUUUUACAAAAAUUACCCAUAGAAACCAUAGAAAUUCGAACGAUAUCCAACCUAACUGGUUCACGGGAGCGUAAUAUAAUAUUUUACUCGUAUAUAAAUAUUACCUAUCUCAGACAUUAAUGUUCUUGCAGCUUUGUGCAUACGAAACGUUUUACGAAAUUAAUGCAAUUUCAAAUAAUAUUCACGAAUCGCAUCUGUGCGACAACCAUGAUGUAUCUACCUAUAAUUCCACCUGUAUGGCUACCCUGUAGAAUCGGAAUCGCGCUAUCAUAAAAUAUGUCCUAUGGUCCGGCGUCCGCAGUACCAUAAUGACUCAUCAUAAUAUCUAUUGAAAAUUUGGAAUCGUUUAGAUUUAUGAUGUACCUAUACUACCUACGCUUGGUUUGUUGUACGUUUGAAUCGAGUUGACUGAUAGGUUUUUCGAAUUAAUUACAUCAGUUUUUGCGUAACGAAAUUAAAUACCUAUUUAUCGACUCUAUAAUUAACGCAUCAUCACAAUAGGUGUGUUUAUUUACAAUUUUUCAAAAUCGUCAUUAUUGUUUCGCAGCAAUCAUAAUACCACUUUUAUUAGUAAUCAUAACUAUUAUCUUAAUAUUAUAUUAAUAAAAUGACUGAACAAAACAUUUUAGACAAGUCUAUGAGAAGUGUUUUUGUUGGAAAUAUUCCGUAUGAGGCAACUGAGGAAAAACUAAAAGAUAUAUUUAAUGAAGUAGGACCAGUUAUAUCAUUUAAACUGGUGUAUGACAGAGAAACUGGUAAACCUAAGGGUUAUGGUUUUUGUGAAUAUAAAGAUCAGGAGACUGCACUUAGUGCCAUGCGUAAUCUCAAUGGCUAUGAAAUUGGAGGUCGUACUCUACGUGUUGACAAUGCUUGUACAGAGAAAUCCAGACUAGAAAUGCAAUCAUUAAUGAUGGGAAUGCCUACUUCGGAAAGUCAUUAUGGUGAUGCAGUUAAUGCAGAAAAAGCACCAGAGAUAAUAAACAAUGUGGUUUCCACUUUACCACCAGAACAAUUGUAUGAACUUAUGAAACAAAUGAAAGAAUGUAUUCAAAAUAAUCCUGCAGAAGCUAGAAAUAUGUUGCUCCAGAAUCCUCAACUUGGUUAUGCAUUAUUGCAAGCACAAGUUAUAAUGAAAAUUGUGGAUCCAGAAGUUGCUAAAACUAUGUUGCAUCCUGUACAUAAAGUUCCACAAUCACCACGCAUUCCAAACACCGCAGCUACAACUUCAAGAGUUCAGCCAGUUCUUCAAACUACUAAUAAUGAUAAUAUAGAUUGGCAACAUAAUAAUAUGUAUCAUGGGCAAAGCACAAGCCAAGAUUUAAGACAGCCACCACCAAAUCAAAUGCCGUUCCUCCCACCACCGCCACCUUUGUUGUCCACUAUUGAACUUCCCCCGCCAUUUAUGGCUGCAAGAGAUUAUCCACGAACACCCUUGAUGGAUUCAGAUCAACGAUCAUUUGGAGAUAUGUUUAGAGAUCACAGAGCUAAUAAUAAUUUUAUGACCAUGCCACCACCGAUGAUUGUACAACAACCAAUAGUGCCAGAACAAAAAGUACCUCCAAGAAUUAUUCCGUCUUCUCAACCUCAACAAGCACCUAACCAAAUUGUUAAAACAUCUGAUUCUGAAAAGGCUGCUCUGAUAAUGCAAGUAUUACAGUUAACUGAUGCACAGAUUGCAAAGUUACCUCACGAACAGCGCCAAAGUAUACUUCAACUGAAAGAAAAAAUUUCUAGCUCUAAUAAAAAGAAAGAAUAAUUCUCAUUUAUUUUUAUUUGUUUUUUGUAUUAAUUGUUUUCGCUACCACUAAUACUAUUUAAAUUUAUGGUAAUUAAUAAUAUUUAUGCUAUAACUGUACAUUUAUAUAUUUAAAAUAGUAAUUAUAGUAAAAAAUUAUUUUAGUUUUAAUACAUUUUGAAUAUAUUGUGUAGAAAUGUAAUUAAUUGUAUACAAAUAUGGAAUGUUCAAACAUUCAGUUAUUUUAGUAUAACUGUGUCCAAUUUCAAUGCGCCAACGCAUCCUAUCAAAUUAUGAAAUUAAAUUGUAAAAGUGAAUAUUUUGAACAAAAAAAUUUUUAAUUUUUAAACUUAAUUUAAAAUUACGAUACACAUAAAUUGUAAUUUGUAUUUUUGUUGAUUUGGUUCAUUUCCCAUCUGCCCAAGAGUAAAACCAGCAAUUUAAUUUAUUAAAAUAUGUAUUCCAAUUUUAAAAUCAAAAAUAUUAUCUAGGUACUAUAUGACAAUAAUUUUUGCCCCACCUUGGAAUGUUUUUAAUUUUUUAAUUUUUAAUUUUUUAAUUAAUCCGUCAAUUAACUAAAAUGACACUCCUAUGUAAAAUCUUUUAUUCAAUUUAAUCAACUAUACAAUUCCUUAUUUAUGAUACAGACACUGUUAUUUAAAUUCAGUGAAAACAAAAAAAAAAAAAAUGAUUUUUAGUAUUUAAAAUCAUUGAUUAAUAUAUUUUUAUUUAAUAAAGCCUUGGCGUCUAGGGCCAUUGGCUAUGAUUAAUAUUGUAUAGUACUUAUAGUACUUAUUCCAUAGUUUUUAAUAUAAAUAAUUAAUAUAACUAGAGUUCCUCCCCCCCAACCAUCCAUUAUAAUGGUAUUUAAGUUGUAGUAAUUUCUAAGAAUAUUGUUUAUUAUGAAUUGUGUAUUAAUUGGACCUACUAUAAAGUUUUAAUUUAAAAUUUAGUAGUAGAAAAGUACAAUAUACAGUAUUAUUUAUGCCUA